CGGGACAGCUGCACUAACGCACCUCAGUCAACUGGAGCAAGAAGAACUUUACCCCAUCUCUACAUAAAACGCGUCUUCUCAUGAUGAUGACCUUGUGCCUGGAAACCAUCACCUGCGCACUGUUGUUCCUUUCACCCUUUGUGACUACCUACCCAGCCGACAUAGAGAAAGGACGGAGGAGAGUGGUUCAUGUAAUGGAGGAUGAUACUGGGGCAGUGAUAGUACAAACUGCUCCAGGUAAGGUGGUCACCCAUCGCGGUGGGACUAUCACCCUUCCCUGCCGUUUCCACCAUGAACCAGAGAACGUCGACCCUUACCGCAUUCGCAUCAAAUGGACGAAGAUUUCUGAUUCUUUCCAGUUUGAAGAUGUGUUUGUUGCACUGGGGCGACAACAGAAGGCAUUUGGGUCUUACCGUGGCCGUGUGUCUCUGGAGAGGGCAGGACCAGGAGACGCUUCAGUUAUAAUUCAUAACAUCACCUUGCAAGACUAUGGCCGCUAUGAGUGCGAGGUCACCAAUGACAUGGAGGACGACACAGGAUUUGUCAAUCUAGACCUUGAAGGUGUGGUGUUCCCAUACUAUCCUCCAUCCGGACGGUACAAGCUCAACUACCACCAGGCUGAGGAUGUGUGCCGAAAGCAAGAUGCUAUUUUGGCCUCUCAUGCACAACUACACAAGGCUUGGCUUGAGGGCUUGGACUGGUGUAAUGCCGGCUGGUUAGAAGAUGGCUCGGUCCAGUACCCCAUCUCCCAUCCUCGAGACCAAUGUGGCCGUAAGGACAGCCCUCCCGGUGUCCGCAACUACGGCUACAGGCACAAAGAUGACGAACUCUUUGAUGCCUUUUGCUUUACCUCGAACCUCAACGGACGUGUUUACUUUCUCAAACGUUUUAAGAAGGUGAACUACCUUGAGGCGGUAAAGGCAUGUCAACGUGAUGACGCAGUGAUAGCCAAAGUUGGACAACUAUAUGCCGCUUGGAAGAUCCAGCUCUUGGACCGUUGUGAGGCAGGAUGGGUGGAAGAUGGCAGCAUUCGUUACCCCAUAGUCAAUCCUCGGGCCCGCUGCGGUGGCCCAGAACCCGGUGUCCGAAACCUGGGUUUCCCUGAUAAGAAGUUCCGCCUCUACGGAGCCUACUGCUUCCGCAGGAACCCUGAUGUCCAGUCAACACAGGCUCCGAAAGAAACCACAUCCCAACCAGCUAACAGCACCAGAAGUAUCUGAAAGUGCAAAACAUUAGUUACAAUAGCAUCAUUUUUGCACACCUGCUAGGUUACUACUAGGCAACUAGGCUAGCGCUGAACUCGGGGCAUAUUCAAGCUUAUAUAAUUUUACUCAUUUGAAAUUAGGUGUCAAUCAAAUCAGAGACAUCACUAGGGAUAUUUAUGGCACAAUGUAUUAGCCUAAAUGUUUCACAGUAUACCCUGCAUGCUGAGAAAACAGAACUUAGCCUUGAGGUUUUCAAUUUGUUUUAUUUUCUGCUGUUUCCCAGGGAAGACAAAAGCAACUUCAAUGAGCACUAAGAAAGCAGGAGUGCUAAUUUAGCCUUAUAAUGAGUGUAGCACAUUAGCAAUACUCUGGAAGCUUGUUUCUACCUCUGAAUUGUGAGUUUAUAUCUCACAAUUCUGACUAUUUCUCGCAAUUCACGAGUU